AGCGAAUGUCCCCACGCGGUGCAAAGAGGGAGCAGAGACACGUGUUUUCUCAGUGCCAGCUGGACGGGCGGACGUGAAAGGGUGUCGUGGUGGUUCUUCUCUUUAUUUUGUUACUUUCAAGCACCCGUGGGGUUUUCUCAACACGAUGUUGGAUAAGAUGGUUAAGAAGACUGUAAAACGCAAGUUGACAGAACCUGUAGAAGGUUCUACAGGAAAGAAAAAGAAGACUGGGCCGAACAACGAAGGCAGCAGCCCAAAUUUGACAAAGAAGAUCAAGAAGAAGUCGCAGCAGCAAGGGAUUGCAGGAGAUGAUGGCAUUCAGAAGAAGCCGAAGUUGACAGAAGAAAAGAUUUUAAAACCAAAGAAGAUCCUAAAAAAGAAAAAGCAGGAAGAGAAGACAGAAAACGGCACCCAGGAGCAGGUUCUGCAGCCCAAGUUAACAGAAGAAAAAGGCCCAAAACUGAAGAAGAAAGGUGCCAAAAAGAAAAAGCAGCAAGAAGGCUCACCCAAUGGCAUAUCCGAGCAAGAGAAUCAGCAGCCCAUGGAAACAGGAGCGGAUAGUCCUAAGGUAAAGAAGAAGGCUAAAAAGAUAAAGAUGCUAGGGAUCCUCGCGGAUAGUGAUGUCCAGUCUGAGAAAGUGCAGCCAGAACAAAAGGCGGAAAAGAAAGCGGCUGUCAAGAACAAGAAGAAAGGAGUCAUAGCUAAUGGCAACGUCAAACCAGUGAAAGAACAGACUGAAGGAAAUGAGGCAAAGAAGGCUGUCAAGAAUAAAAAGAAAGGAAUCAUAGCUAACAGCGAUGUCGAACCAGUGAAAGAACAGACGGAAGAAAAUGAGGCAAAGAAGGCGGCCCUCAACAAUAAGAAGCAAGAAGCCGUUGAUGUCAAACCAGUGAAAGUGCAGCCGGAAGAGAAUGGGACACCAAUGAAAUUGGAGCUUUCCGACCUCCAGAAAAGGAUGCUUGAGCGCACACAGCCCUCUGAAGAGGAAUUGGCACAGAUGCGAGAGGAAAGACAAAUGAGGCGCGGACGGGGGUUCAGCACUCCCAGAAUGCGUGGAGGUGACAGGAGGGGUGGAAACAGGCGCGGCGGUGACAGGCGCAGCUACGACAGGCAUGGUGGUGGUGGUGGUGGCCGUGGGGGCUUCACACCUACUUUUGUGACGGGCCCUAAUGCAAUUCAUGUUGAUUGGCCAAGGACUACUCCAACCAAACCAGACAAUGAUGAGUCCGCAGAAAAGCCAGCUUCUCUUCUCAAACCAGACUACCUUUCUCCUGAUUAUAAACCCCCUCCGGAUAUGAUGGGAUUAACCCCCCGCAGGGAAAUGGGGAGAGGCCGAGGCAGGGGCCGAGGCAGGGGCCGUGGAGGAGGAUUCGGAAGGAGAGGUAGUGACAAUGAGGGUGGCGAUAGUGACGGAGACGAUGAAGAUGGAGGUGGCUUUGGUCGGAGAGGAGGGAGAGGUUUUGGUGGGAGAGGUGGCGGCAGAUCGCGUGGACGAGGAGGUGGUGGGAGAGGAAGAGGAGGGGGUGGCCCAGGAAGAGGAAGAGGAGGUGGUAGAGGCAGAGGCUUCAGAGGUGGAGGAAUGGGUCGUGGCGGCGGUGGCGGAAAAAAUCCUAACCUAAUUCCUGUGCCGUUCGAUAAGAAGGAUUAAGAUGCCAACAAACAAACAAA